GCCGUUUGUUUUAAUCGUCCUCUAUAGUAGACCAAGCUUAGCUUGGCUUGCUUGUACAAUAAAGUCAAGAAAAGCAUCAUAUAUUCACAAAUCACAACUAGUUAAUAACUACGUUAGUUUUUCUUACUACUCCGUAGUAUAUUAAUUUAAAAGUUCUUGAACUUUGAAUCCCAAACAUAUAAUGAAUCCCCUUCAGCCGCCGCCUCCAACCGCGGCGGAGCAAGGCGGCAGCGGGACUGACAUCUCCGCCUUGCACCCGGACAUAAUAGCCACCCAUAUCCUGACUCGUUUGGAUGGCCCCACACUCGCAUCCACCGCCUCCGCUUCCUCAGCUCUUCGCCGCCUCUCCUCCCAAGCUGAGCUGUGGCUGGACAAAUGCCACUCAGUUUGGCCCUCCACCGCCGAUCCUUCAAUCACAAACGCCAUCUCCGCUUUUCCCAACGGCGGCCCACGCGCCUUCUUUGCAGACUCUUUCCCGCUCCCGGGGGUGGUGGGCCCGCCUGGGUCCUCUUUGCCGCAACCGGUGGAGUUGAUCUCCGCCGUCGAUAUAUGGUACAAAGAUGCGCUGAUAUUCAGUGGGGUCAAUGUGACGGAAACUUGGAGCGCGUGGUUCCGCCAUUGGCUUUUCAGGGUUGACCUUGUUGACCCGUGGGACGCCGACCUUGUGCCCGUCAGAUGCCUCGACGAAGUUGACACGUGGAGUGUUCGUCUUAUGGAGGACUUGACCUUGAGCUGGAUAUUAAUUGACCCGGCCUCCAUGCGCGCCGUGAACCUGUCUUCUCAAAAGCCGGUUUUCGUGCAGCCCCAUUGGCCGGCCGACGAAGUGCGGGCGAUGUUCGCUUCGAUUCUACCGGCGGCCGGUGCGGGUCCCGCGCUGUGCCCGAUCAUGGUUACGGUCGGUACGGACCACGGCGGCGAGCCGCACGUGAGGGAAGUGGGCAUGCAAAUGGAGGACUUUGAUGGGAAUGUACUCGAUGGAGAAGACAGUUUGGGGAUAUUGCAAACGGCUCUGGAGGGCAAAAGGGGAAAUGGAGCGAGAAGGGUAGAAGAGUCAAGGAGGAGAUUCAAAGAAUUUCUGGAUUUGAAGGAAAAAAGAGAAUGGAGAAAACUAAGGGCAAAAUGGGCAUUUAAGGCAUCCGCUUUUGUUGCAUUUUCCUUUUCCCUCUCUUGCAUCGUCCGAUUACUGGUGAGGAAUGGUUGGACCAAAAAUAAAGUCCAAACUUGAACUCAGACAAAAAGAAAGUCCCCUUUAAAAAUCAGGCUCUCAUAGAAAUGCUAAAAUGCACAAAUUUACCCAUUUGUGAACCAACUAUAAAUGAAUAAAAUGGACACAAUGCUUAUUGUUUAGAGGGCGAUCUUGACAUUUCCCAAUGAUUUGUUUACUAGAUACAGUAAGUGAACAAUCAACUUCAGACGACCCAAAAAAAUGAAAAACCAAUAUGGGG